GCCAUCUGCUGACUGAAUCGAGCCGCCGAAUCGACUCUUUGCCGUAAUCGCACCGCCUCGCCGACUGCAUCUGCUCCCGCCUCUGGAACCAACCAGCAUAGCAUAACAUAGCAUAGCACCCGCCGCGAUGACCACCAACUGGAAGAAUGUCAACAACUGGCACUGGGUCGAAAAGAACUGCAUGAAUUGGGUCAAGGAGCACAUCCCCAAGAAGCUUAAGGGUCUUUCGUCCGAGCAGGGCGGUAUCAAGGUGCAUGUGACCGAUGUCAGCAACAUCGCUGGCGAUGCUGAUCUGAACCAGCGGAAGGGCAAGAUCUUUGCCAUCUACGACAUCUCGCUCCAUGUCCAUUGGUCUGGCGAGAGCGCCGAUGGCAGCAAGGCCCAGGGCAAGAUCGUGAUCCCCGAGGUCUGCUACGAUACCGAUGCCGAUGACAUCACGUUCGAUGUCUCUGUCGAGGCCGAGAGCCCGAAAACCAGGGAAAUCAAAGAAGUUGUGCGAAAGCACCUCACCAAGGUAAUUGGCAAGGCUCUGGUCGAGCUUGGCCCUGACAUGAUCAACGAUCACAAGGACGAUGUCAAGAUUGCCGACCACCAGAUGACUGGCCACCCUGUCUUGGAGCAAUACAAGCCCAAGCCCCCUGUCGAAACCGCCAAGGAUCCGCUGCAGAACAGCGACAACACUCAUGUCCUCGGCUCGCUCGUCACCCUCAACAUGAAUAUUGAGUUUGUUGCCUCGGCCCGCGAUCUCUACGACUGCAUCGUGGAUGCGGGCAAGGCCUCGCUCUGGACGCGGUCAAAGGCCGUGGUCUCGCAACAGCCCGGCAGCGACUUUUCUUUCUUUGACGGCAACAUCACCGGCACUAUAACCGAGCUGGUCGAAGGCAAGAAGAUUGUCCAGAAGUGGCGUCUCAAGACCUGGCCAUCGGGCCACCACUCCACUGUCACCAUGGACUUUGUCGAGUCCACUGACUCCACCAACCUCAAGAUCACCCACGCCGACGUCCCCGUUGGCCAGAAGGAGCAGACCGAGCGAAACUGGACCAACUACUACUUCAACCCGAUCAAGGCCACGUUCGGAUACGGCGCCUUGUUGUAAGCAGUCGAGCACAGCCUGUACGCAUGGUGCAUCGCCCAUCCAAUUGCUCAAUACAGCAGGAUUCUCCACACCAGCGGUCCCCACGGUGGCAGACGCCCUCGCAAUCGUGAGCAGGCCGCUGGUCGGUAUGGGCUUGCUGUUAAGGUUCUUGGCGCCUGGCCCACCACCAGACAGCCAGCGGAGGCAACAAGACCGAGGGCAGGUGGAGUCGGGAGAUUGGCCGCCUCCAGGAACCCAUGCUGGUCCCUGCCCUCCCAUGCUGGUCCCUGCCGACCCAUGGCAUAGCACGCGGGCUCAGCCGAAGCGGGCCUUUUUGUCGAUAUAAAUGUUCGCUGCGAUCGCCGGCAGCCCACCCA